GGCAGGGGGGCAGAGGUCGACCCCGAGCCCCCUCAUAUGUGGGGUGCCACAAGGGUCGGUCCUCUCGCCCCUUUUGUUCAACAUUUAUAUAAAGCCGCUGGGUGAGAUCAUCUGUGGUUUCAGGGUGAAGUACCACCAGUACGCUGAUGACACCCAGCUGUACAUCUCCACCCUGGACCACCCCAACGAUGCCCUUGAAGUGAUGUCCCGGUGUCUGGAGGCCGUGCGGAUCUGGGUGGGGAGGAACAGGCUCAGGCUCAACCCAUCCAAGACCGAGUGGCUGUGGUUUCCGACGUCCCAAUAUAGUCAGUUGAUGCCAUUGCUCGCACAGAGUGGGCCUCCUCAGGGUGCCGUCCGCCAGACAAUGUCGGCUGGUGACCCCCAGGGGGACAGCCUUCUCUGUAGCGGCGCCCACCCUCUGGAACAACCUCCCCCCAGAGAUACGUACAAUAACAGACCUCCGGAUUUUUCGUCGGGCCCUGAAAACCUAUUUAUUUCAACUAGCUGGGCUGGCUUGAGUUAAAUUUUAAAUUGAUUUUAAAUUGGGUUGUUUUAAUUUACGGUCAAAAUAUUUAAUUAUUUUAAACUGUUUUUAAAUUUUGUAUGUCCUGUUUUUUUUUUACUUUGGCUGUUCACCGCCCUGAGUCCUAUUUGGAGAAGGGCGGUAUAGAAAUUGAAACAAACAAAACAAACAAACAAACAAACAAAUAAAUAAAUAAAUUGCUGACUAUUGGGUGCGAAUCGCUGGCCCCCACGGAGAGGGCUCGCAACUUGGGUGUCCUCCUGGAUUCACGGCUGUCUUUAGAAGAGCACUUAUGGCCGUGACUGGGAGGAUUUGUCAUCAGGUUUGCCUGAUUCGCCAGUUGCGUCCCUUUCUGGAUCGGGACUCCCUACACAGUCACUCAUGCCCUCGUCACUUCCCGCCUGGACUACUGUAACGCUCUCUACAUGGGGCUCCCCUUGAGGAGCACCCAGAGCCUCCAACUGGCGCAGAGUGCGGCCGCGCGGGUGGUUAUGGGAGCAACAUGGCGCUCCCGUGUGACACCUUUCCUGCGUGAGCUGCACUGGCUCCUGGUGGUCUUCCGGGUGCGCGUCAAGGUUUUGGUUACCACCUUUAGAGCGCUCCAUGGCUUAGGACCUGGUUAUUUACGGGACCGGCUACUACCACAAGCAGCCUCCCACUGGCCGGUACGCUCUCAUAGAGAGGGGCUCCUCCGGGUGCCGUCAGCUAAACAAUGUCGACUGGCGGCCCCCAGGGGGAGGGCCUUCUCUGUGGGGGCACCCACUAUCUGGAACGAGCUCCCUCCAGAGAUACGGAGGAUCCCAGAUCUGCGCACUUUCCACCGUGCUCUUAAGACUCUCCUAUUCUAGCAAGCCGGCCUAGCCUAAUUUUCUCCCGUUUUAAAAUUCUUUUAAAUCGAAAUUUUAAUCUGUUUUAAAUUAUUGGGAUUUUUAAUUGUCUCGGGCUAAAUUAUUUAAUCUGGUUUUAAUUAUGUUUUUUAACUUUUGUAUCUAUGUAUUUUAUUUUGUGCCUGUUCACCGCCCUGUGUCCUUCGGGAGUAGGGCGGUAUAUAAAUCUAAUAAAACAAAACAAACAAACAAACCUUUCACCCUUUGUUAACUCUCUAUUUGAAUAAGCAACCUUUUCAAGGGUUGCUUGAUACCGGAGCCGAUGUUACUGUUAUUUCAUCUUUACAGUGGCCUGUGCAAUGGCCUAAGAAAGCAGUUUCUUCGCUCUGGAUUAUAGGUGGUUCUACUGCUGCUUGGCAAAGCGUACAAGAUAUCCAAUUCUCUACCAUGGCUGAACCACCUACAAGACCGCUAGUAAAGUAUUGCCUUGCUUCUAACGCUGAGUGGCAGGGACCUGCUCGUCUAAUUACUUGGGGACGUGGUUACGCGGCAGUUGAACUCCCCAGACUCGCCAACCUUUGUGGAUCCCUGCUCGGCACAUUCGACCCUAUCAUGGCUUGGCAUCAGGGUCUGCACAACCCAAUUCCCAACUUCAAUCUGAAUCUCAAAACAGAGGUCCAUCUUCCGAAACAUCAACGACCCCUGCCAAUCACAUGGAGGCAAGUGAAGGCCACAACAUACCAAGCUCAACAGCAAUUGGCUCAAGCCAACCUACCUCAGACUCCUGAAAAUCUAGUUGCUGCUGUUUUUGCUAUUAUUACAGCUAAUUUUGUCACAAUUCUUUUUUGUAUUCUCUUGUCUUCUCUUGGUUCUGUUACUGCUUUAAAUGACACUCAGCCUAUACAACUUAACCCUAAUCUCUGGGUUCGUCAUGCUCAAUAUAUGUUUUUGGUUCACGGUACUAAUGUCACCCUGUACUAUGAGCCUCCUAUGGCUUUUGGUCAAGUUGUUUUCAUACCUGAUUUAAUAUCUUCUUCUUCUUUUAUUGUUUCACAGCUGCAAAACAUUCACCAUUCCUGGUUGUUUUCCAAGCCCCCAGCACAACUUAACUCAGUUCACUGGCGUUAUCUUCAUACUAAUCAAUUUACUAAAGGUUUAUGUUUUUGUUGUUAUGCUCACCAUACUUGGCUUAACAAUUGGAAUGAUUAUGCUAAGGCUCGACGCAUUUUAUCGAAAGUAGGGAAUUAUAGCUAUUGUACUGGUUAUUAUUGGUUAUGGGGAACCUUUAAUUCUUUAUUGUAUGGACCUAAUUUAGUUCCAGAAAUGUAUCCUGAUAAUUUUCAUAUUUUUAACGCUUCUGAUAUGACUGAUACUGAAUCCAUUUGUGCUAGCUGGCAACUAAAGGAUCCUAAUAUGUGGUUCUUUUUUGACAAAUAUGCAACCAAAGUACACCCUCAGAACUAUCAGUGUGCUGCUAUUGGCUACUUUUCCCUACCUGUGCAGAUUGGUGCUCUCUUCUUCUUCCUCACAACAACGCCAUGCUCCAUUAGGUCCUACAUGUAAUGAUGAAGUCAUCA